CAAGUGCUUCCGCCGCUGCACUUGAGCUCACAGGGCGCUUGCCACCGACAUCUCAGCCCAUGUCAUCGUCUUUUUCUCGGAGGUUUCCCUUAAUGUAGCGCCGAGGCUUCUUCCAGUGGGAAUGUCUGCAGGCUGCUUUCCCGUGAUUCCGGCUUGCCCUGUUGAGCAGCCCCCCCCCAUACCCCUACCGCAUGGAGGAUUAUGAAUCAUCAUGUUAUGGCAUGGCAUUCGUGCGAGUCUUGGUAUUCGUUGCAGACAGUUGCAGGGAAUGUGGAAGCCUGGAAGGAACAUGCAUAGCGAUCCCAUACCUAGUGUCGAUACAGCUACAGCUACAGGGAGUCAGGGACUUGCUUUUAUCUACCGCCACCCCCUGGGCCCCCCUGAACCCUGAUCCAUCAUCCAGUGAUCCAUCCUCGUCCUCCUCUCUCCGGCUUCGCAGUGGUUUCAUCACCCCCAUUCACUUGGAUGGAGCCUGUGUGCCGAAAAUGCCAUGCAUGCUAGACUCAAGCGAUGCUGUCGAAUACCAAAUGGAAUAUUCCUCCGGGUAUGCCAAAAUUAGCGUACACAAAAAGCCCUCGUCCUCAAUAACAUUAAUAAAGACUGCCUCUCCGCCCUUUUCCUCUUUUUUUCUUCUUUUCUCUUCUCCUUUUCCCUUCCAAAGUUUCAAGGACCGUACCGUUCCCCGACAACAGUAUCUUUGCAGAGACGCAAUAACUUUGAGGGUCCCCUACCAGCAGAGUCGACAGCUUUCAUGACCCAUUAGUUAGCGGCCGACCUGCUGGAGACCCCCAUGGGCCAUGCCCCUUCCCGCUGAAAAUUACCAUGAGACCGGUGAGGCUUCAGCGGCCUCUGUUGUUUUCUUCGGGCGUUUCCCCCCUUGUCUAGUCUUGACUGCCCUUCCUUCCCUCUCCGUUUAUCUCAAGA